CCGGCAGAAAAACUCCCCCCUCCACCCGAGAAAGAGAAGGCGCGGGGUGGGGGGACGACCCUCUUCCUCAGGUCUCCUCCCCCAGAGAUGGUCGCGGGAGGAGGAGGCUGUCCAUCGGCGAGAAGGGCGGGGGCUGGCGGCUCCUGCUCUCCUUCCUUCCCUCCCUCCUUCUUUCUCUCCCUUUCCAAGUUUCUGCUCCUCCCUCCUUCGCACAAACUUUCCCGUCGCUCUUGCUCGGCGCCCGGCUAGAGCUCCUUUCGGUGCGCGGCGGAUUCCUCAGCCAGCCAGCCAGCCGCGCCUCCCCCCCUUCCUGCUGCCCUGUCACCUUCUUCCCCCCCCUCACCCAAACGAUCCAGAGCCUCAAGCGGCUGCACCGGCGGGACCACCACCCACCCUUCCCCGGACGGAGCACGGAGUAAGUUGCUGAGUUGCCGUUUGGGGCUCAGGGUCAGAGCCCAGAGCAGCCAUCACAAUAGCGUCCAACAGCUGGAACGCCAGCGGCAGCCCCGGGGAGGGGCGAGAAGAUGGACAGGAGGGGAUGGACAAGAGCCUGGACAAUGAUGCCGAAGGAGUGUGGAGUCCAGACAUUGAACAGAGCUUCCAGGAGGCGCUGGCAAUAUACCCGCCAUGUGGCCGGCGGAAGAUUAUUCUCUCGGACGAGGGCAAAAUGUAUGGUCGCAAUGAAUUGAUAGCAAGGUACAUCAAGUUACGGACGGGGAAAACAAGGACAAGGAAACAGGUGUCCAGCCACAUACAGGUUCUAGCUCGGAAGAAGGUGCGAGAGUACCAGGUUGGCAUUAAGGUCUCUAGCCACUUGCAGGUUCUAGCCAGACGGAAAUCUCGUGAGAUUCAGUCGAAGCUGAAGAGUCCACAAAGCAGGAGCUGCCAUUACCAGGCUAUGAACUUGGAUCAGGUCUCAAAGGACAAGGCUCUGCAGAGUAUGGCUUCCAUGUCGUCGGCACAGAUCGUAUCCGCCAGUGUCCUGCAGAACAAGCUCAGCCCCCCGCCUCCACUCCCUCAGGCUGUCUUCUCUGCUGCUCCCAGGUUUUGGAGUGGGCCUAUCCCAGGACAGUCUGGACCUUCUCAGGACAUUAAACCUUUUGCACAACCAGCCUACCCCAUCCAGCCACCCAUGCCUCCAUCACUAGCCAGCUACGAGCCCCUGGCUCCUCUCCCACCUGCUGCCUCGGCUGUGCCAGUCUGGCAGGACCGCACCAUCGCCUCCACCAAACUGCGGCUCCUUGAGUAUUCAGCGUUUAUGGAAGUGCAGCGUGACCCUGAAACGUAUAGCAAGCACCUCUUUGUGCACAUUGGACAGACGAACCCCUCGUACAGCGACCCGCUGCUGGAGGCAGUGGACAUCCGCCAGAUCUAUGACAAGUUCCCUGAGAAGAAAGGUGGCCUGAAGGAGCUCUAUGAGAGGGGGCCCCAGAACUCCUUUUUCCUGGUCAAGUUCUGGGCGGAUCUGAACAGCACCAUUCAGGAUGGUCCUGGUGCUUUUUAUGGCGUAAGCAGUCAGUAUAGCAGUGCAGAAAACAUGACCAUCACAGUCUCCACUAAAGUGUGCUCCUUUGGAAAGCAAGUAGUCGAGAAGGUGGAGACGGAAUUUGCCCGGAUGGAGAACGGACGGUGUGUGUACCGAAUCCAUCGGUCCCCCAUGUGCGAAUAUAUGAUCAACUUUAUCCAUAAACUGAAACACCUCCCAGAAAAAUACAUGAUGAACAGCGUCCUGGAGAAUUUCACCAUCCUGCAGGUUGUUACGAACAGAGAUACCCAGGAAACCUUGCUCUGCAUAGCCUUUGUUUUUGAGGUAUCCACCAGCGAGCACGGAGCCCAGCAUCAUGUGUACAAGUUGGUCAAAGACUAGAGGCCCCCUUGGGGUGACCGGGCAAUUUGAGGAAGAAGAGAAGAAGUCUUGUCAGAGAAGCCACCCGAAUAGGAUGCCUUGACGCAAGUCUUUUGAAAAAUGAACACACAACACACACAAAAAGCAAUGCCAAAAAGACUGUAUCACAAUCACAGAUGUUUUCUACUUAGGAACAAUUUUUUUUAAAAGAAAAAAACAAGCAGAAAAGAAAAGCAUGACAGGAAAGCAUAUAAUGGAAGGAGAUCUGUAUCUGGAGGCAACAAGAAGGAGGACUGUUCCUGGGGGCUCGGUCAUCAGUAUUUCAGGAGACUAUGGCGCCAAGGCCUGGUACCUCUGGAUAUCUCUCCCGUCACACAACACUAGAACAGCAUCUAGUGAAACGAGACUGCCAACUACUUCUUAAUACCUGGAUGUGCCUAUAUAUCCCGUGCCAAUUUGUCCUCAAAACCUGGGUGGUUUCAUUUAGAGAAAAGCGUUCUGAGAGGGCUGCUAAGGAUGUCUGUUCUGGGAAGGGAUGGGGAAUCAGAUGCUGCCUUGUUUAUGUGACCGAUCCCACUCUGUUCGAGACACCGACAAAGAAGAGGAAGAGUUUUCUUCCAUCUCUUGACGCAGGCUGCGUGCAGAGCCAGCACAGGGAAUUGGCGGCUUGCGUCAUGUGGCACACAUGCCACCCAUGGGUUAAUUGCAAGAAAACGAUUUUGUUCCAACAUUUUCCUGGGCAUUUUGUAUUGCAGGAUACAGUGGUGGUGGGAGGGCGCCAGGAGUUGAUUAUGGCAGGAAUGUGGCGCUUUUACAUCCAUGUCCCAGAUGUUUGGAUAAUAGACGGGAGUAGGGUUGCAGGAUCGUGUGUGUGUGCACGCGCAUGUGUGCGCCAACAAGAAAUGGAGAGACUUAAAGAUAUCUGUCUGUGGGAUGUUAAAAGGUUAGAGUAUGUAUUAAGAGGAAGGAGGGGUGCUCAGCUGGAGGAGAGCAAUUCAGGAAAUCAUAAAUUUGGAGAUUUGCAUAGAUUUGCAAUCAUAGGGUUGCAGAUAAGCAGGCUGACUCUAGGUGAGCAAUGAGAUGACUGGAAAAAUAUUAGGGCUGGCUAAGGUUGAGUAACUUGGGGGGGGGGAAUCUGAAUUUGUAUGGGAUUUUUAACCAGCUCUCAAUGGAGCAUUAUUAUAACAUCUGCCAUGUCAAAAACAGCAUGGGAUAAGCUUAGACCAAAGUUCUUGUUGCCUGGGCAUUGUUCUGGUAAGGUAUUAAUUUCCCUUCUGCUUCUCUGUUCAUCUGUGGUAGUCAUCUAGGAAAGGGCAUGAUCUAAAUAUCACGAUGCAAGUCUUUCCUCUGGAUUAUGUACUUCCCACCUAGGAUAUCUUUGUGCAGGCUGCUAAAAACAAAACAAAAACCAAAGCGAAAAUUGCAUAUUCUGGCAGCCUAAACCCAAGGAGGUGCUGAAAGAUGAAACAAAGUACAAUAUGUCAUACAGAAUCCCUCUUCAUUUGAAAGCUGUACUGUUUGCUGUUGGAAAUGCUGAAGAAAGUUUCUGUGUAGGGUUUAAGUAUAAACAUGAGCCCCUAGACCUUAAGCUUGGAGACUAAGACAGUGGGCUUGUGAUUUAAAUUGGUGCUUAUAGGAAUCCUGUUACAUGAACAGUGCCAAGAUAUCAGUAACCUCACUGUACGUGGCACCUCCAGGGCUCAGGCCCAUAGGUUUCAGCUAUACUUUGUCUAAAUGCUAGUUUGUAGUUUUAAAUAAUAGAGGAACUAACAGAAUGUAAUAUUUGUGCCUUCCUACCUUUCUUUUUUACCAUUGAACUUUUUUCUGUUUUGUCCUUCAGCUUUCCCCUGGCCACAUGGUGAUUUGUUUGCUUUUAAGUUGGUUGAUUUUCAUUUUUUAAGAGCAUUCUCCUUGCUGCUCCAUCCUUUCUUUAGUCUGGUAUACUCUUACUCAACCCACUCAGACUAAUCUCCACCCUAUGCUGCCAUGGGCCUGGUGAGAUUACUAUGGAGAAGCCUCAAAACAUUGGAAAAGGUGCAAUACAGUGCAAAAGAAAAAGAAAAGCCAUUUGCAAGCAAGGAGAGAAUUUGAGGUUUCCACUUCUACGAGGAAAUUGGAAUGCACAGACUUGAGUUUGCAAUUACAUUUUUUUAUGCUUGGGGUAUUUGACUAUAGCUUUAAAUGGAGGUUGGCCCCCAGUGCAUAGUUCUCAAGGCUGGUUGAGUUAUUUUGGCACCUGGGGCAGAAAAUCCCACAGGUGCAUCUUCCCACCCCUGGCAAUAAAUACUAUAGUAACUUCACAUGUUUCUGCCGUUUUCAUGACACCUCAACACACCUGCCUGAGGAGACCAUUUCACUCCACCUAAUGCUAGGACCAGAUCCAAUUUGUAAGAAGAGAUUUCACCACCAGGAUCAUUUUCAUAGUGGUAUCAAGAUUUGUGCAAAGAGAUUCCCAAAGAGACAGUGGAAGGGAGCUAGGAAUUCAGAGUGUGUUGGCUGCAGGCAAAAAUAUCUGUUAAAAACAGAUUGUGGUGACGCUGAAGUACUGGGUGCCUUUCAUUGGAACAUAAGGGUCAGGUUAAAAUUUAGAGCUCCUCCCUUCUCCGUUGUCUGCCUUAGAAGGUAGGAGAUAAUGUAAUGGAGAUGCCUCGUAAAGUCUUGAUGUCUGGCUUUUCAUAACUGACUUGGGCCUCUCCUUCAGGCCUGGCCUGUAUCACCACUGCAUUGUUGAUUUAGCACCCAUGUUUCGACUGUGGAUGAAGGACUAAGUACAAAGGCAUUGGCUAACUCAAACUUAAGUCUGGCCAACACAGACUAAGAAUGUUCCCAGGAUCCUUCGGACUGCCGUUUGAGUACAACAUGCAGCUGAGAGGUGACACCAUGAGAACAACUGACAGAAUGGUUUCCCAGCUUUUUGAAGGACAUUUAUAAUUAAUGUAAUAAUUUUUUUCCUGUGAAGUGUUUUUAAUUGAUGCCACCCAAGAACUUCUGGAAAACUCCACUAGAAUGUUGAAAUGAACACUCCUCUGCGUGUUAUGUGGGACCCCUGAGGUGGUAACUCUAAGGGGAAUGGUACGUGGGGACUGGUUUGGUAGAGCAGUAAGUCACAAAUUGCUCAGGAACAGUGCCUUAUUUUGCAACACAUGUUGCACUCUUGGGGGAUGAGCAACAGGUGCAGAAAGUUCUAAAAAUCAGUUGUAAUCUAAAUUCAGGUGAGCACAUCCUCUACCCCCUGCCUCCAAUGUGAUAAUCCUACUGCGUUGCCUCUGGCAAAGCUGAUGGUCUCAUGCAUCUCUGUGUGCGAUGUUUUGGGCAAACUGGUCUCUAGUGCCACAACUCUUUCUCCAGUGUAUUAUUACUCUUAGGAAGAACUGGCUACUUUGUAAAAGCCAGCUUGAAGUUCAGGUACGUUUCUGAGACCCCUGUGCAUUGGGCGGGGGGAGAGGUACAGCGUCCUUGGAACUGAAUAACAGUUAUUGCUAUUCUAGUGGGAGGAGGUAGAGUUAAAAGAGACAGGAUGUUGAAUUGCUUAUGAUUACAGCCAGAGCCUCUGCAGCUGUAAGGAGAGGAGAGCUGGCUAGUUUAUAUGUAGCAUGUUUAUUUUCAUUCCUAGAUCAAAAAACUCUGGGAAUUAAGGUUAAAACCUUCCCUGUUCUCCUUAACCUAUGUACAAUAGAAUUCCCUUUUCUGCUAAACAUACUUUUUUAAGGGAGGGCAUAUAUAAACCCCUGGGGCAGAGACUUCAGUGUACAACAUGGGGAAAGUGGAGCAGAGCCUUAGUCUUGCCUAAACCCCAACUUUCUUAUAUAAAAACUGUUUCUUGUAUUUUAUCCACAAUCUUUAACCCAGCUGGAGCCUUUGGAAUAAACCUCCUCCAAAACUGGCCUAUGUUACGUUUCUCACCUUUCCCCUUUUCAGUCCAUACCAUGCCAUACUUUCAGUGCAACAUUUAGUUAGAUCCAUUCCCCAGCCUUCCUGCUUGUAGAAUCCCCUGCGCAGGCCACAAGUCUGUGAGCACAAAUAGACCUACAAACCACUGCCCACCUGGGUGUCCCUCAGAGAAUGGCAGCAAGGCUAAAGAAACGCCAGCUUCACGAAUCUCUCUUAGUUGGACAUAAUACUGGUACCCAAAAACUCAAGUCACCAAGUCUCAUGUCACCCCACAUCCCAUGUAUUUAUGAAUUUCACAUGAAGUACUGUUUUAUUUUUUUAAAGACUUUGUAAAGCUUACCAGGGUUAUGGUCACCUUUUUUAGAGCUCUGUCAGUCCACAUUGUAAAACCAUUUUUAUGUAUUAUAUUUUGUGUAUUUUUUUUAAUCCAGCUGUGAUGGGUUGUAUCAUAUAUUGUUGUGUUUACUGUAUGUCCAUCUUCAAGUAGAUGAGACAGUGGAGCUUCUAGAAAGCUAUGGUCUGCUGAAAACUAUUAAACUUAUUUGUUCAUGGGUUGGCUCAAACA